AAGCUCAGCCUGUUCCCAUGAGUACUCCCAUACAGUGCCGGAAGAAGGAGACUUACAAAAUGCAAAAUGGCCAGAAGGUGUGUGUGCCUCAAACUUCUGCCAUUUGCUUGGCUCGGGGCGACCCCCAUUACUGGACAUUUGACAGGCGGAAAUAUGACUUCAUGGGCACCUGCACAUACACCAUUGCCAAGACCUGCGGACCAGACACAACUCUCCCAGCCUUCCAUAUCACCAUCAAAAAUGAGAAUCGGGGCAUGAAACGUGUGUCCUACGUUGGAUUGGUGACAGUCCAGGUCUAUGGAUACAUCAUAGCAGUAGCCAGGAAGGAACAUGGAUUUGUGCGGGUCAACAACCAGCGCUUCCGGCUGCCCGUCACCCUGAUCAAAGAUAAAUUGUGGCUCUUCCAAAGCGGGACCUUUGCCACCAUUGAGACGGACUUUGCGCUGAGGGUCUCCUACGACUGGAACAGCAACUUUGCAGUGAACAUCUCCAGCAGUUUCUUUGAGAACGUCUGUGGUCUGUGCGGGGACUAUAAUGGAAAACCUGAGGAUGACUUCAGGACCUCCACUGGAUCCUUGGCUCCGGGCCCUGUGGCAUUUGGACAGAGUUGGAAAGUGGAGGAUGGAGACCCCUUGUGCUGGAGUGACUGCCAUGGAGAAUGCAAGAAGGCCCCUGAAAAAAACCUCAUUCCGUACAGAGGUGAAACCUUUUGUGGCUGGAUCAGUAAAAAAGGGGGCCCAUUCAGCAGGUGCCAUUCUUUGGUUGAGCCCGACAUCUUUGUGGAAAAUUGUGCCUACGACCUCUUUGUCUAUGAAGGUCAUAGAGAGGCGUUGUGCCAAGCGCUGAAGAGCUAUGUGGAUGCCUGCCAGCAAGAAGGUGGAGUUGUGUUAGACUGGAGGAGCCUCGUUGGAUGCC